CCAAUGUCCUGGCUGGAAUUCCUCAAGGCCUCGCACUCUGCGCUGGGUCGCGACCCGCGGCUGCACGUGGACGCCAAGCAGUCCACGUCGCACCGGGACUUUCCCGCCUACCGGAACGUUACCCGUGGGCCGCUCUUCCAACAGGACGCGCGCUGGGCCGGCCAGGAGCUCCUGUCGGAGACGCACUGCGCGUAUGCGCCCGCGUCACCGCUGCUGUCAAGGGAGCGAGAGCGGGAACUGGCACGGGAGCGCACGCUGGCCCUGCAGGCCAGCAACCUGCACGCGCACGCGGACUCCCGCGCCCGCACCGGCCUCUCCACCGCGCGCGCCCACUUCGGCGGGCCGGCGCUUCCGGAGCGCGCCAGCGAGCAGAUCCGCGGCGCGCGCCUCAUCUUCGACCGCAACUCGGUGCCGUCCCGCGACCGAGCCAAGCUGCCCAUCCCGCCCACCGCGCACCAGGAGUUCUUCCGGCUCCACGACAUUUGCCCGAAGCUCCGCGAGCCCUCCUGCCACUCCGGCCCACCUGCCUUGACGUGUAAGAGGGCCUCCUCCAGCACAGAACUGGGAGACUUCAAGGUUGGCUAUGGGCCCAUGUGUGCAGAGCGGAAACAAGCCUACAGGCCCCAGGUUCUGCCCCCAGACACGUAUGACAAGGCCCAGGCCUCAGCCCACAUCCACUGUGUGACUAUUUGACCUGGAGAUGGCCUCUUCCACGACAGGACCACCAAGGGUAAACACUUCUACUAUGCCCGGGAGCCCGAGCCUUUUGUUCUUCACCACGACCAGACUCCGGAGUCGCACAUCCUGGAAGGAAAUGCGUGCCCUGGUCCGGGCAGCCUCACCACCUCCACGCAGUUCUUCCACGGCCAGCCGCCCAGCCGCCACAACCCUAGGAGAGCCGUCGCUGCUCGUGUGUUCUUCCAGACCUCCAUGGGCACAGACUAUUUACUCUCUGGGAUGCAGAAGCCGCCGAAAGCGCUCAACCUCCACUUACUGCAGAGCAACCUGCCCCAGGGCACAGGCGGUGAAUUUUUUUUAACCAUGAACCAGAAGGUGCUGAAGCCACACAGAAUAGCUCCAGCCUCCGUGACUGAGGAGAUGCUACAGAGGUGUAGACAUAGCCACUUGGAGCCCCUGCUGGGUAGACAGCGCUUCUUCUCAACCCUAAACAAGGAUGAGUUUGCUUUCAAGUACCAGGGCCCAGCAGUGCUGAGAUGGGACGACCUGCAGGAGAGUCAUGUGCCCCUGGGCUCCCCUCGCCAGUGGGGCUGUGGGGCUGGGAAGGUGGACCCUCGGGCCCCCCAGACCCCUACCUACCCAUGCCCGUAG